GUAUAAUAACUGAGACUGAUGACAAAAGGAUAUUGAAACAUAUAAUGAUUGAUAUUCUCAACCUGAGGAAUGGAAUGGAAUAUAACCUACUCCUAAUCCAACAAAUCAACCUGAUGAUACAGAAGGAAGGAGAGGAGCAGAAGAGGUUUUAUGAUGUGAUCCAUGCUGCCCAGCAACAUAUAGACUCUAUAACCACAGUGUAUACGCUGGGAGUAUCCUGGCUUAAAGAUGAAACCGACUUUGCUCUGGGUUUAAUUCAAGAUAAUUCAACUUCGCCGUUUGAUUCUUCUUCUCAUUAUGCAACCUUUGAACCAAUUAAGGAAGAUGAAGAAAUAAAAAUAGAAAUUGGAACUUCAACCUUAGAUCAAUCUCAGAGCUCCGAUUCUCUUGAAUUAAUCUUAAAAGAGGAAUCUAAAGAAGAAAAGGAAGGAUCAAUUAUCUCUGUUACUAGAACAAGAUCAAACGAGAAAAAUGAAAUUUUGGUUCCUAGAUUUCCAUCUGAUGAAGAAACUGAUGGUCUGAAAAAAUUAAAGAAACAAAAUUCGUCUGAAAUUAAACUUUGUGAUCAGUGUGGGUUUUCUGGGACAAGAUUUCAACUUUACUGGCAUAAAAGACAUGUGCACCAAGGUCUCCGGUAUCCUUGUACACAUUGUGAAUUUAAAGCAAAGCGUAGAUCAUACUUAGUUUUACAUAUUCAAAGAAAGCAUGAAAACAUCAAAUAUUCUUGUGACAAGUGCACAAGUACUUUUACAGAUGAAGGAAAUUUAAAAAGACACUUUAAAAGUGUUCAUGAAGGACGAAGAUUGUUCUGUGAGUUCUGUGAUUAUUCCGCAAGUCAACAGUCUCAACUGAAAGAACACAUUGAUGGAGUUCAUAAAGGUAUAACAUACCCAUGUGAUCAGUGUGAAUAUAUUGCAACUAAAGCAAGUAGUUUGAGACUACAUAAAAACAAAAAGCAUAGUGAUGUUGUGAAACCUGUUAAAAAAUAUAAAUAUAAGCAGAAAUAUAAGAAACCUGAUGGCUUCAAAUUUCAAUGUGAUCAGUGUGGACAUUUAGCCAAGUCAAAGGACCUUCUAAACCUUCACAAACUUUCUCUUCAUGACCCGCAGAAAUAUCCUUGUGAUGAGUGCUCUUAUGUCGGAAACACACCUCUGUAUUUAAAAAAUCAUAAGAAAAUAAACCAUGGAGAACCAGAGAUGUUUCCCUGUGAUUUAUGUGAAUAUGCUGCACGCCAGAAAGUGCAUUUAAAGACUCACAAGGAAGCUGUUCAUCUUGGGAUCAAGUAUCAAUGUGAUCAAUGUGAGUUUGCAGGAUCUACAGCAGGCACUUUGAGACAGCAUAAAUUGGGUAAACAUGAUCUAACAAAACACCCUUGUGACCAGUGCGAGUUUGUAGCGACAACUAAGUAUGGACUAACAAAGCAUUUGAGAAAAAAGCACACAGAAUUUAGUAAUUAAGCAUCAGUGAUGUCAUGAUAUUUGCUAUACGUGGAUAGAUAGAAAAUGAAAUAUUUCGAUUACAGAGAAAAAUGGCUGAAUUAAUAAAAGCUUCUUUACCAAAUAAAGAGAGAUCGUCUUUGUUUCAAGAUCUCAAGAGCAUAGAAGUUGUUAGUAAUGAUAAACGAGUAUUAAAGCAUAUUAUGAUUGAUAUUCUCAACCUGAGGAAUGGAAUGGAAGAUAACCUACUCCUAAUCCAACAAAUCAACCUGAUGAUACAGAAGAAAGGAGAGGAGCAGAAGGGGUUUGAUGAUGUGAUCCAUGCUGCCCAGCAACAUAUUAACUCCAUUAACACAGUGUAUACUCUGGGAGUAUCCUGGCUUAAAGAUGAAACUGGAUUUGCUCUCAAGUUCGUACACGAAAAUACUGUUCUACUAACUGUUGGAAGGAGUUCUCCAGAUCCUAAUUCUAGUGUGGAACUAUUAAAAGAUGAGGAUGAUAUAAAGAUAGAACUUGGUUCAGAUCAAUCUCAGAGUCCUUGUCUUAUCUUGAAAGAGGAAACUGAAGAUGAUAUGGAAGAAGACAUCAGCUCUAAUAGUGGAACUAAAAUAGAUGAAAACGAAGACCUGCAUUCUGCAAUGUACUACUGUGACCAGUGUAAUUAUAAUGGGACUUCACCGAGGAUCCUUAUGACUCACAAGAUGUCGGAACAUGGAUCUGUAAAAAUAUUAUGUAAUGACGAUAUAACUGCAGAAACAAAAGAUCUAAAUAAACCUGAGAGUGGAAACCCGUCAGAAAGAAAACUCUGUGAUGAGUGCGGGUUUUCUGGUUCAAAAUAUCAGAUGUAUUGGCAUCUUAGAAAUAUACAUCAAGGCCUACGCUUUCCUUGUUCUCAGUGUGAGUUCAAAGCAACGCGUAGGUCACUUUUAAAACUGCACAUUCAAAGAAAGCAUGAAAAAAUCAAGUUUUCUUGUGAAAAAUGCACAAGUACUUUUACAGAUGAAGGAAAUUUAAAGAGACAUCUUAAAAGUAUCCACGAAGGACAAAGGGUACUUUGUGAAUUCUGUGAUUUUUCUGCAACCCAGCAGUCUCAGCUUAAAGAGCACAUUGACGGGGUUCACAAAGGUAUAACAUACCCAUGUGAUCAGUGUGAUUUCAUAACAAAUAUUGCCAGUUAUUUGAGACAACAUAAAAAGAACAAACACGGUGAUAUUACAAACCAGAAAAAGAAGUAUAAACAGACAUAUAAAAAGCCCGAUGGCUUCAAAUUUCAAUGUGAUCAAUGCGGGUAUUUGGCGAAGUCUAAGAUUGUUUUAAACAAUCACAAACUCUCAGUACAUGACCCAGAAAUAUUUCCAUGUGAUGAGUGUUCAUAUGUUGGUAAGACUCUUAUGUAUCUGAAACAUCAUAAGAAAAUCAACCACGGCGAACCAGAACUUUUUCCCUGUGAUUUGUGUGAGUAUACUGCUCGCCAGAAAGCUCAUUUAAAAACUCAUAAAAAUUCCGUUCACUUAGGGAUCAAAUAUCAAUGUGAUCAAUGUGAUUUUGCAGGAUCUCAGGCAGGUUCUUUGAAACACCACAAAUUGAGUAAACAUGACUUAACAAAACAUCCUUGUGAAGAGUGCCAAUUUGUAGGGACAACAAAAUAUAGUUUAACGAAGCAUUUAAAGCAAAAGCACGAAAGCAUAGAAGCUGUGACUGAUGAUAAACGAGUAUUGAAGCAUAUGAUGGUUGAUAUUCUCAACCUGAGGAAUGGAAUGGAAGAUAACCUACUCCUAAUCCAACAAAUCAACCAGAUGAUACAGAAGGAAGGAGAGGAGCAGAAGGGGUUUGAUGAUGUGAUCCAUGCUGCCCAGCAACAUAUUGACUCCAUUAACGCUGUGUAUACAAUGGGAGUAUCCUGGCUUAAAGAUGAAACGGGGUUUGCUUUUAGUUUAGUUCAAGGAGAUUCCACAAUGUCAACUGUUGAUGAAGUUGAAAGGGAACAAUCUGAGGAUUUUGAGGAGAUUGAACAAGAUGAAAUCAAUUGUGAAGAUAUAAAGAUAGAGCUAGAUGUUGGAGACAAUAUUUCCCUUCAUAAAUCAGAGCUGAAUGGUGGGGACGAUAUUUUCUCCCAGGAAUCAGAGAGGAAAGUUGCGGACGAUACCCCGGGAAUAGAGCGGGAACCUCGGGACGAUAUUUUCUCCCAGGAAUCAGAGAUGAAAGUUGCGGACGAUACCCCGGGAAUAGAGCGGGAACCUCGGGACGAUAUUUUCUCCCAGGAAUCAGAGAUGAAAGUUGCGGGCGAUACCCCGGGAAUAGAUCGGGAACCUCGGGACGAUAUUUUCUCCCAGGAAACAGAGAUGAAAGUUGCGGACGAUACCUCGGGAAUAGAUCGGGAACCUCAGGACGAUAUUUUCUCCCAGGAAUCCGAACUGAGAAACCACAAUUACCAUGCCUGUCCGUCUGGAGUAAAAAAACAAGAUUCAAAAUAUUCUUGUGUUCGAUGCAACUAUUCUACAACUUCAGACAAGCAGCUGAAAAGGCACACAUUGAAAGAACACCAAGAACUUAAUUUGAAAGAUGAAGAUGAAGAUGAAGAGGAAAAAGUAGAACACAUUGAUCAAGAAAUUCAGUUAGACAAAUCCUCCAAAACAGUUCAGAUAAGUCACAAUUGUGGUGUUUGUGAUUAUAUAGGAAAGAGUUCCAGUGGUUUGAGAUCACAUAUGAAAAGAAAACAUGAGUCCGAUAAACCCAAACACGUGUGUCAUCUGUGUGGAUAUGCUGCCCACUGUAAAGCUGUUCUAAGGAAUCAUAUAGAAUAUAAACAUGAAAAACGUAAAUCAAAGUGUCCCCACUGUGAUUACCACGGCACCAAGCCUAUUUUGAGACUACAUAUUAGGAACAAACAUGAAGGAUUAAAAUUUCCUUGCGAUGAAUGUGAACUUGUAUUUACACGAUUAUCUCACAUGAAAGAACACAAGAUACGCAUCCACCUGGGCUUAAAGCUUUAUUGUGAUCAGUGCAGUUCAAACUUCUCCACUGAAACUAAUCUAAAGAGGCACAUUAAGAGUGCACAUGAAGGAUUUCGAUAUUCCUGUGAUCAAUGUGACAAAACAUUUAGUCAGGUGACAACUUUGAAGAUGCACAUUGAUGGCGCUCAUACCAAUUCAAGAUAUUUUUGUGAUCAAUGCUCAUAUGUUUGUAAAAAUUCUGGAAAUCUUAAAUCUCACAUACAUUUUAAGCAUUCAGAUAAACCAAAGAAAGCUAAUACCAAAGAAAAUGAGGGUGACACAUUUCCAUGUGAACAUUGUCCUUAUGUUGGUACGAAAAUUUUGUUGUAUCGUCAUAAAAGAGCGAACCAUAAAGGAAUUCGAGCUGCUUGUGAUAUGUGUGAUUUUACAGCGGCCGAUAAAGCUCAUUUGAGAAGUCACAGAGAAAGUGUUCAUCUUGGUAUUAAAUAUCCUUGUGAUCAAUGCAACUUUGCCGCGUCUUCUAAAGGUAACCUGAAGCAGCAUAAAGAGGUGUCAAGAAUUGAACUCAAAAUUUUACAUUUUUCAGAGAUAAUGUCGGAAUCCGACAAAGUGUUUGUUAGAAUCUUAGCUUUUAAAUACUUACAGAGCAUAGAAGCUGUGACUGAUGAUAAACGAGUAUUAAAACAUAUAAUGAUUGAUAUUCUCAACCUGAGGAAUGGAAUGAAAGAUAACCUACUCCUAAUCCAACAGAUCAACCUGAUGAUACAGAAGGAAGAAGAGGAGCAGAAGAGGUUCGAUGAUGUUAUCCAUGCUGCCCAGCAACAUAUUGACUCCAUUAACACCGUGUAUACUCUGGGAGUAUCCUGGCUUGAAGAUGAAACCGACUUUGUUUUUAAAGCUAUUCAAGAUUCUCAUGGAACUAAUAAAGAUGAAUUUAAUGAUAUUGAAAAUCCAGAAACUACUGAGAACCCGGAAAGAAUGGAUAUCCAUGAUGAAUGUAAUGAUCUGGAGAACCUGGAGAACCUGGAGAAUGAUGGUCUGGAGAUGAAAAUAGAGAUGGAAGAGUUUGAGAGUAAUGAAUGCCUGGAGCCCACCAUUCAAUUGAAAGAAGAGGAAGAAUGGAAGCUAGAUGUUAAAGGCAAUGGGUCUAUUAAUGGCUCGAAGAACAAACAGUUAAAAUUCCCUUGCACCUUGUGUGAUUAUGUUGCUGGAUCCAACCAGGUUUUGAAAGUACACACAGAGUGUAAGCAUGACGGAGUGAAAUACUCUUGUGAAAUGUGUGAUUAUUCAGGGUCCAAAGGACAACUAAGAUGGCACAAGAAAAGCAAACACGAAGAAUCAUUUAAUCAGUGUGAGCAUUGCGAGUUUAAAACUGUAAACAUUUCUCAUUUAAGGUUACAUAUUGAAAACGUACACCGGGGUGUUCGAUAUUUUUGUGAUCUUUGUCCAAAUUCCUUCAGCGCGGAGAGUAAUCUGAAACGGCACAUCAGGAAUGUCCAUGAAGGAAGAAAAUUUUCAUGUGAUAUAUGUGACUAUUCAGCGCCUCGUCUCGGUAAAUUAAAACUUCACAAAGAAACUGUGCACAGUGGAAUAAAAUAUUCCUGUGAUAAAUGUGAUUUCCUGGCUUCACAUGCACAACAUUUGAGAACACACAAGGCAAUUAAGCACAACGAGUUUGACAGUGCGAACCCAGUCAGCGUUUUCCCAUGUGAUGCAUGUGAAUAUGUAGCCAGUAGUAAGCGGUAUCUGAAGUACCACGUUGAGAGCAAGCACGAUAAAUCCACUUCAUUUUUAUGUGAUCAAUGUGACCAUAUGGCUUCUACGCGGGGUAAUCUAAGGGUGCAUAUAGAAAACGUUCAUAACAAAAGUAACAGUUAUUCCUGUGACCUAUGUAAUUAUGUAACGACCUCAAAAUUUAAUGUAAAAACUCACAAAUUAAGACACGAAGAGGGUCAGUUUUUAUGCGAUCUGUGUCCAUACAUUGGGAAACGAAAGGGUUGCUUGAAAAAGCACAAGCAAGUUAAGCAUGAAGGAAUCCGGUUUCCUUGUGAUCUAUGUGAGUAUGCUGCUCAAGACAGUGCUCAUCUGAGAAGACACAAAGAAUGUGUUCAUCUAGGAGUAAAGCAUGCCUGUGAUCAGUGCACGUUUUCUGCCUCCACAAAAGACAACUUAAAACAACAUAAAGAGACUAAACACGACUUACAAAAUUAUCCAUGUUCUCUUUGUGUUUACAAUGCUACAUCUCAGUAUGGAUUGAAGAAGCAUAUAAAGAAUAAACAUACAAUUAAGAUUGACUUAAGCUGUAUCCUGUGAUUAUUAUAAAUGAUUUAAAAUUUAUUUUUAUACUUUUUUAUAAUUUAGUGUUGUGGCAUAAAUUCUGAGCAAUAGAGCUUUUAAUUUAA